AUGGCUUUAAAGAUACCAAACGUGGUCUUCAGGAACGGUGCCUCCAUCCCGGCGCUCGGUCUGGGCACCUGGAAUUCCCCACCCGGUCAGGUCACGCAAGCCGUAAAGGAUGCGAUCGAUGUCGGCUACCGGCACAUCGACUGUGCUCACGUCUACGAAAACGAACACGAAGUAGGCGCUGGUAUCGCUGCCAAAAUGGCGAAAGGAACCGUCAAGCGUGAGGAUUUGUUCGUGACAAGCAAACUGUGGAACACUUACCACCGGCCGGACCUGGUCCAAGGGGCUCUGCAGGUGACGCUGCGCAAUCUCAACCUCAAGUAUCUCGACCUGUACCUCAUCCAUUGGCCCGUGGCGUACCGCGAAGGUGAUGUGUUGUUUCCGCUGCGUGAGGACGGCAAGCGAGUGCACUUUUCCGACGUCGACUAUGUCGACACUUGGCCGGCGAUGGAGCGUUUGGUCGAUGCGGGGCUAGUGCGCAACAUCGGCCUAUCGAACUUCAACGCCAAACAAGUGCAGCGUGUCCUGGAUGUUGCUCGAAUCGCACCCGUUACCAAUCAAAUCGAAUGUCAUCCGUAUCUGCACCAGUCCAGCCUGACGGAGUAUUGCAUCAAGCAGGGCAUCACCGUGACGGCAUACAGUCCACUAGGAUCUCCAGCACGCCCGUGGGUCAAACAGGACGAUCCGGUUCUGAUGCAGGAUCCCGUCGUCCUGAAGCUCGCUUCCAAGCACGCUAAAACCCCAGCACAAAUCCUGAUCCGCUACCAACAUCAGCUUGGGCACGUCGUGAUACCGAAAUCCGUCAGCCGGGAACGCAUCGCCUCGAAUGCCGCCAUCUUUGGGUUCGAGCUGGAUCGCGAAGACCUGCGCCAACUAACGGCUCUCGAGCGGAAUGGACGCAUCUGUCCGGAAUCGUUCAGCUUCGGUCACCGGUACCAUCCGUUCGAGGAGGAAUUCCGGAAGGGCAGACGAUAAACGGCUCGCGGAAUCGCUUUAUUGCCUGCAGCCGUUGGUUUUUGCGUAAAUUUCGAAUAAACGGCUUGUGCUGAAGCA